AUGGCACUUACUGCUGAUGAUGAGAGAAGUGAUACUGCACCUCCCACUGCCCUGGGAUCCUUGAAAUCUGUCCCUACUGCUGCAGACAUUGAGCCUCCCGAGCAGCUGCCUACGCCCUCAGAGAAUCUGCAAUCUCCCCAGAAGUCUGAACCAGAGGAGCAUACUGUGGCCGCGAUCGCUACUGUUUCCACUGCAACGACUACCACUGCGUCAACUGCGACCACCACAGCUCCUGCUUCAGCUGGCUAUCAGUGCUGCCCUGGAUACAAAUUCCACCCAAGAUGCUUUUCGGUCGGACCUUAUGUCGGUGUUAAUCCUACCUCCGUUGGCUGUCAUCAGGCUCCAGGAUUUCCCGGGGAAUGCGUUUGCCAUGGUACUAAUUCACCUGAUCCCAUUGCGCCUACGCCUUACCCCAUUGAGUAUCUGGAGGUGAACCGCUCGAUGGCUGUUUCUGCUGGCUCUAGCUCUACAAAGCUGCUCUACCAGGUGCCAUACCUCGUGGAAGAGGAUCGCCAAUUCUGGGUCCGUGAGCCCAAUGGUGACUAUGUGCUCCGCACCGUCAAACAAAUCGCUGAGAAACAACGCGCGGGUCACUGGGCGAACACCUGCACUGGCCAGCCUUACUUUCACUGUGAGCCUAAGCGCAAGAUCAGGUACGAUCCUAAGGAUUUCAAUGCAAUCUUUGAGAUGAGCGGACUCAGCCACAUUGAAUUCCACAAGCGCUAUCAGCCUUUCUGA